AUGUCUGUCAACAUCUUCUCAGACCAGGCACGUGAAGAGCGUGCCGAAAAUGCCCGGUUGUCUGCUUUCGUGGGCGCCAUUGCCGUCGGAGACUUGGUCAAGUCCACCCUAGGUCCAAAAGGUAUGGACAAGUUGUUGCAGUCUGCCAGCGAUCCCAACCGGUCGCUUGUGACCAACGACGGUGCCACAAUUCUCAAAUCGAUCCCUCUCGACAAUCCCGCCGCCAAGGUUUUGGUCAACAUUGCCAAGGUUCAGGAUGAUGAGGUUGGAGAUGGAACCACCUCCGUGACCGUUUUGGCCGCUGAGCUUUUGCGGGAGGCCGAAAAGUUGGUGGAGAAGAAAAUCCAUCCGCAGACCAUCAUCGAGGGUUUCCGCAUCGCUCGCACGGCUGCCGUCAAGGCGUUGGAGAACGUAGCUGUAGACAAUGCUAGUAACAAGGAGAAGUUCCGUGCAGACUUGAUCGACAUCGCGCAGACCACCCUUUCGUCCAAGAUCUUGUCUCAGGACAAGGUCCAGUUUUCGGAGUUGGCUGUCUCUGCCGUUUUGCGUUUAAAGGGCAGCACCAACUUGGACCACAUCCAGAUCAUUAAAAAGGUGGGAGGGAGAAUGUCCGACUCCUACUUGGAGGAGGGUUUCCUUUUAGAGAAGCGUUUUGGAAUAAACCAGCCAAAGAAAAUUACCGAUGCCCGUAUCUUGGUGGCUAACACCUCGUUGGAUACCGACAAGGUGAAGAUCUUCGGCGCCAAGUUCAAGGUCGACCUGACCUCGAAGCUUGCUGAUUUGGAACGUGCCGAGAAGGAGAAGAUGAAGGCCAAAAUCGAGAAAAUCAAGAAAUUCGGCAUCAAUGUUUUCAUCAAUAGACAACUCAUCUACGACUACCCAGAACAAUUGUUCACCGAUGCCAAAAUCAACUCCAUCGAACAUGCUGACUUUGACGGUGUGGAAAGAUUGGCUCUUGUGACCGGUGCUGAGGUCGUGUCUACCUUCGACAACCCAGAACAUGUCCGUAUCGGAACUUGUGCUCUGAUCGAAGAGAUUCUCAUUGGAGAGGAUGUUUUCCUUAAAUUCUCUGGUGUUUCUGCUGGUGAAGCCUGUACCAUUGUCUUGCGUGGUGCCACAGAACAAGGUUUGGACGAGGCUGAACGUUCGUUGCAUGAUGCUUUGUCUGUUUUGUCCCAAACUACCAGAGAGACUAGAACUGUCUUGGGUGGUGGAUGCUCGGAGAUGGUGAUGUCCAAGGCUGUGGAUCAAGCUGCUGCAAAUGAAACCGGUAAGAAGUCCUUGGCUAUCGAGGCUUUCGGCCGUGCUUUGCGUGCUUUGCCAACCAUUUUGGCCGACAACGCUGGUUUUGACUCUUCCGACUUGGUCGCCAAGUUGCGUUCUGCUAUCUACAACGGUAUGACCACUUCUGGUUUGGACCUCACAAACGGCAAAGUUGCCGACAUGAGAGACCUCGGAAUCGUGGAGUCUUUCAAAUUGAAAAGAGCUGUCGUUUCCUCCGCCGCCGAGGCUGCAGAAGUCUUGUUGAGAGUUGACAAUAUUCUCAGGGCUAAGCCUAGAACUGCGGACAGAAACCAUUAA